CAUUCAACAUGGCGGAGGCAGCAGUGGCAGACCCACUACCCAACAGAUUUUACUGUCACCAGUGCUCCGUGGAGAUAAAUCCUCUUCUUCCAGAUUUCACGUGUCCAAAUUGUGAGAAUGGUUUUGUUGAAGAAAUUACGGAUGACUUUGGUGGUUCAAAUUCAGCAGAACCUGAUCCUGCUGCACAACUAGCUGAGUUAUGGGGGAGAGCGUUUGUAGAAAGUUUUCGUGCUCACGUAGAGAGAGAUGAAAACGCUUCACAACCAUAUGAUGGCACCCCAAAUCAGGGGAGCUUUGAUGAGACAUUUACCAAUCUGCAUAGCCGACAGCCAACACGGAGCCGUGACAGAAUCACGGGUAGACCUUUAUUCCCAAGGGCCCGAGUGGCGUUAUCCAGAACAGGCACUAGGGGUGACAGACAUCCAGUAAUAGACAAUAUAGUUGCACAUUUGUUGGGCAGCUUGUCGGGUGGACCUGUGCCCACAAUUGGUAUGUUUAACAUCCAUGGUAAUCCAGAAGACUAUGCCUGGGGUGCAGGAGGUUUGGAUGCCAUUAUUACACAGCUGCUCAACCAGUUAGAGGGAACGGGAGCCCCUCCUGCUGAAAAAGACAAGAUAGAUCAUUUACCCACUAUAACCAUUACACAGGAACAUGUUGAUAAGGUAGUUCAGUGCUCAGUGUGUAUGGAAGACUUCAUCAUAGAGGAAUCUGUUCGUCAGUUACCGUGCCAACAUUGUUAUCACUCAGGCUGUAUUGUGCCCUGGUUACAACUUCAUGGCACAUGUCCAGUGUGUAGGAAGGAUUUAAGUGGAGAAGACACCACUACAAAAGACUAUUCACCCCCUGGGGCAUUCCCUGGGGGGUCGGAAGACCCGGGUAGUGGCACAUCAGGGGGGAUAUGAUUGUAUGCAGCUUAGACUGACACAGGGGAAUUGUGAUUAAUAACACCUGUCCAGGAAGUACCGCUUACCUGUGAUGUUUCGGAUGGGUGGAUCCAGCUUCUACUCUCUAUAUACGAAAGACUACAAGAGUGACCCAGGCUCCAAUCUAAUAUAUGUGUACAUGUAUAUAUAUGGUAUAUAUAUAUAAAUACUUUCUGUGUGAACUGCACAGUGGUACUGUUUUAUGAAUGCAUGUACGGGUGACCAUUAGCACCAAUAACACUUAAGCAUCACGGUUUGAUCUUGUGUGAGCAUUUAGCUGUGCUAACUGACUGAAGCUGUGACUGUAAUCUUUAUAUUAACCUAGCAGGGUUUUUUUCUUUAGAUGGACGUUAAAAGCUCAACUUUCAUGUAGAGUUACGCCCUGGCUUAACUUCAAUAGUAACAGUGUAAGAGGCAGUGAAACCUGGCAAAGUGUUAGGAAUGAUUUCAGAUAUGAGUCUUUGAUACUGUUUGA